GGACUAUUAGACAGACGCUCUUUACUUUUCACUUAAGCUCUUUUCCACUGCCAGAUCCAGAAACAGACAUGGCUUUUACGCGCAAAACCCCCUCCGCUGACUGUCCUGUAAUUAUUUAUUUUUGAAGCACAAUAAGAGUUUGAUUUGGGAAAGCAACAGGCUCCGACAUCUCCGCUGUGUGUUUUUUCAUCCUUGGAAAUGCUCCGUCCAGAUGCCUAAGGGACCAAAGUUUGAUGAAUAUGAACUUAUUGCCAAGUGGAAUAUGUUUUUAUGUAUCUGUAGCAAUCUGCUGGCUGACGGCCGAGGUCGAUGCAUCUUGGUGGUACAUGGGCACCCUGGGCUCCCAGGUGAUGUGCGACAACAUCCCUGGUCUGGUGAACAAGCAGCGCCAGCUUUGCCGGCAGCAUCCCAAAGUGAUGCAGGCCAUCGGGGCUGGGAUGAAGGACUGGAUCUUGGAGUGCCAGCACCAGUUUCACAACCACCGCUGGAACUGCAACACCACGGCCCGGGACCACAACCUAUUUGGGCGCCUACUGCUACGCAGCAGCCGUGAGGCGGCCUUCGUCUAUGCCAUCUCCUCGGCGGGUGUGGUUUAUACAUUGGCGCGAGCCUGCAGCCAGGGCGAGCUGGAAUCCUGCUCCUGCGAUCCCACUAAGAAGGGCUCGUCGCGGGAUGCCAAGGGCUCCUUCAACUGGGGCGGCUGCAGUGACCAUGUGGAGCAUGCGAUGCGCUUCAGCCAGGCCUUCGUGGACGCCAAGGAGAGGAAGGAGAGGGAUGCCCGGGCGCUCAUGAACCUGCACAACAAUCGAGCUGGCAGGAAGGCGGUGAAACGCUUCAUGACUCUGGAGUGUAAAUGUCACGGUGUUAGCGGCUCGUGCAGCAUCCGCACCUGCUGGCUGGCCAUGGCUGACUUCCGACGCACCGGCGACCACCUGCGUAAACGCUACAAUGGUGCUGUGCAGGUUGUUGUCAACCAGUAUGGCACCGGGUUCACCGCUGCACACGCUCAUUUCAAACGACCAAGCAAGAACGAUCUGGUGUACUUUGAAGACUCGCCAGACUACUGCAUACGAGAUCACGAGUCAGGAUCGAUGGGGACCGGCGGUCGGAUCUGCAACCGGACGUCCCGCGGCGUGGACAGCUGUGAGGUGAUGUGCUGCGGUCGUGGUUACGACACGUCGCGGGUGAGCCGGACCACCAAGUGCGAGUGCAAGUUCCACUGGUGCUGCGCCGUGCACUGCCGCGACUGCCACCAGCAGAUUGACGUGCACACCUGUAAAGGCCAGACGUGACCUCGCCGCCAACCACAAACUACUAGCCAAUCAUUUAAAACCAGCAGUCACACAAGGUCAUGUCAAACUACUGCUUCUGAAUGCGUCUGGGUGUCAACUCGCUACAGUAUAUGUGUUGAAGUUAAUAAUUUCAAGUGCUCAGUCUUUAGAUCCUUGGUUAUUUUUGCUUCGCCUUCAUCCUUGGUGCUCAGCGCUCUUUGUAGUGUUUCCUCUGUGCAUGUCCCACAAAUCACCUGUCAGACACUCUGUCCAGUACUAUGAUGUGUUUUGCCACAGUGGCAUCACUGCUCAUGCUAACUACCCAGGUCUUCUUUGGUUUGGUCUAAACAAAUGGGGAAUCUAAAACACAUCACUUCCUGCUUGUCAGAGGAGUUUUCUAAACAAAGUGCGACCAGCAAAUGUAAACGCUUUCAUGAACUGGCUGUAAGUUGACUCACCUUCAUGUUAUACCUAUUGCAAAAGAGAUAUUUAUAUAGAAAUACACAAAUCCGAAGGAUCUGAUAGAAACGGGACUUGGAUGACAGGAGAAAGGGCAGGUCAUGAGGGUGAGAGCAGGCGUUGGGACGAUCCUCCAGGCCAAUGUUGUCCAAAAUUUCUUAGCAUCCCUCUGUGAAAUUCAUGUAACACAUGUUGCCAGCUUCUAACCCAUGAGCAGAGACACUUGAAUAAAGAGGAUGUUUGAGACAAAAAUGAUCCAAUGGAGAUUGUUGGUGAAGUUCACAGGUUGGGAGUUUCCCUUGGCCAAUAACAAUGGCCUCAGCGUUCCAGUUAGACGCUACACAUCGAGACAAAUGUCGACUACAGCAAGUUAGAUAUUUAAUAUGGUAAAGUGUCUCUAAAUCUUUAACAAGAGGGGAAAAAAAUCUGCAAAUUUUACUUGUUUCCAGAGCAACCCUCAAGAGCUGUCUAGUUCUUUAAACGGCAUGGUACGAAUCUCAUGUCCCUCAUACACCCUGGUAAUCAGUCUCAACCAUUAUAGGUCUUCCAGUGUCUGUUUUGGCACUUUGUCCCCGGCACUUGAUGCUUCAGU